AUGACAUGGGACGAGUUUAAGGUACCAUUCCUUAAACACCACAGUCCCAAGGCAGUUAUCAACCGAAUCAAGGAUGAAUUUAUUCAGCUAAGGCAAAAAGGUGAAUCUAUCGAUAAGAUCACGGGGAUCUUUCUUGACAAACCAAGAUUUUGUGACGAGUUGGUGACGUCCGAAGAGCAGAAAGUGUAUUAUUAUUAUAAUAUGCUGAGUGCAGAAUAUCGGGAGUUUAUGACUCCCUCGAAAUACGAGACUCUCACUGAAAUCAUUAACACUGCUCGAGAAAGGGAGAUAGAGCUGAAAAAGCAAAUUGAGAGAGGUGAACGAAGGGCACAAGUUGUUAAUCCAAGCCCUACGAAGAAGGCGCGUACAACAAAGUCGUCUAAGAAACAAGAAGGGAAAGGCGGGUCGCCGAGUUGUAAGGUCUGUGGUAAAGGGCACAAGGGCGAGUGUCGGUUCAAAGAUAAGCCGUGCCCUAUAUGCGGAAAGUCAGGGCAUACGGCUGCAUUAUGCCCGGGAAAAGUGUCGGUUUGUUAUAAGUGCUACCAGCCGGGCCAUAAGAAAUCAGAAUGCCUGGAGUUAGUUGGAAAGAAGGAUGGCAAGGAUUCGCAAACAGAAACUCCAAAAUCAAAGGCCAUAUCCUUCCAGUUAACCACGGCCGAGGCAAAGAGGGAACCCGAUGUGACAAAAUUACCUACGCCUCUAGAAGUAGAAAUAGGUGACAACAAAAGUUUUAUCGUGUGUGACGUGUGUCAAGAUUGUAAGAUGAGUAUUGAUGGUGAAGAAUACUCAAUAGACCUGAUCCUGAUGUGGAUGGGAGAAUUCCAAGUAGUGGUCGGGAUGGAUUGGUUAUCUCGACAUCACGCAAAGGUCGUGUGUUUCCGCAAGGAGAUAAAACUAACGUCUCUAAGUGGAAAACACGUUACCAUCAAUGGCGAGAAAGGGGGUAAUCCCGUAAUAUGCUCAAUGUUAAAAGCCCACAAACUUAUGAAACGCGGAUGUAGAGCGUUCAUGAUAUACGCGAACGAACCAGACAAGAGAUCGCCAAAGAUUGAAGACGUACUGGUGGUACGUGAGUAUGCUGAUGUGUUUCCAGAGGAUUUGCCGGGAAUACCACUUGAACGGGAAGUAGAGUUCGGAAUCGAAUUGAUUCCGGGUGCGAAACCUGUGGCCAAGGCGUCGUAUCGGCUCGCGCCAUCGGAGCUACAAGAAUUGAUGUCUCAGAUUCAAGACCUGCUCGAUAAGGAGUUUAUUAGGCCGAGUGUGUCUCCAUGGGGCACACUGAUUGUCGCGCCGUUGACCAAAUUAACUCGUAAAGAUGAAAAGUUUAUAUGGGGCGAUGAUCAAGAAAAAGCAUUCCAAACGCUCAAAGAAAAAUUGACUCAUGCUCCGGUAUUAACAUUGCCGGACGGAGUUGAUGAUAUGGUAGUUUACUCGGAUGCGUCACAUUCGGGGCUCGGGUGCAUUUUGAUGCAACGAGGCAAGGUUAUAGCCUAUGCCUCAAGACAACUGAAGACUCAUGAAAAGAAAUACCCUACACACGAUCUCGAGUUGGCGGCGGUGGUAUUUGCCUUAAAGAUUUGGAGGCAUUAUUUGUAUGGGUAA